GGGCCGAGGGCAGAGGCGGGACCGAGCGGCAGGCCGCGGGUCUCCCCUGCCCGGCCAGGCCCUGCGACCUUAGGAUAAUACACUUCCAGCCGCUUUUUCCAUGGACGCACAAGCAGACCGUAUUUGUGCAGACCCUAGAUCGUGAGGUGCCGUAACAUCCUUGGCCAAAGGAUGCAUUACGGGCAUACCCGUGGCUUCGCGUAUUUUCCUGCGUCCUUUGUAUUGGCCGCACUGGACUGCGUUCGUGUGCGCCAGGCUGACCGCCGCAUCCAUCCCCGGGGCCUGGCCCGGGCUGUACGUGCAGUUUGUUGAGUGACCGGACUGUGAUUUACUUCGUGGAUGCCGCGCCGCGCCCCGCUCCCCCGCUGUCGGUGAACUUGCAGGCUAUUUUGCCAACCAUGGCAUCUGGAGAUGACAGUCCUAUCUUUGAAGAUGACGAAAGCCCUCCUUAUAGCCUGGAAAAAAUGACGGAUCUCGUAGCCGUUUGGGAUGUUGCUUUAAGUGACGGAGUCCAUAAGAUUGAAUUUGAACAUGGGACCACAUCAGGCAAACGAGUGGUAUAUGUAGAUGGGAAGGAAGAGAUAAGAAAAGAAUGGAUGUUCAAAUUAGUGGGCAAAGAAACCUUCUGCGUUGGAGCUGCAAAGACAAAAGCAACGAUAAAUAUAGAUGCUAUCAGUGGAUUUGCAUAUGAAUAUACUCUGGAAAUUAAUGGGAAGAGUCUCAAGAAGUAUAUGGAGAACAGGUCAAAAACCACCAAUACUUGGGUAUUACAUUUGGAUGGUGAGGACUUUAGAAUCGUUUUGGAAAAAGACACUAUGGACGUAUGGUGUAAUGGUAAAAGAAUGGAGACAGCAGGUGAGUUUGUAGAUGACGGGACUGAAACUCACUUCAGUGUUGGGAACCAUGACUGUUACAUAAAGGCUGUCAGUAGUGGGAAGCGGAAAGAAGGGAUUAUCCAUAGUCUCAUUGUGGAUGAUAGAGAAAUUCCGGAGAUUCUUGAAUGACUUCAUGAUGGUGCAUUUUAAUCUUAAGAAGUAAAGAUCAAGACUUUUAAAUUACUGUGGUAAUUAAAUAUGUUCAAGAUGUACUUUUUAGUACACUUAGUCUCCCAACUGUUUAGUUUUUAGUUACUUAAAACGGUAAUAUUCCAAGGGUCAAAAAAAAAUUAUGUACAAUCAUAAAAAUUGCAAUUUAUUUUGUAAAUAAUGUAAAGUGUUUUAAAGCCAAAUGGA